ACCGAUCUGCAAAAGAAAAAAUGGCGAACUCAAACGUUCUCUCUCUAACUUUUCGCUCUCCCCAAGAGAAGGAUCAGCUUGAUCGAAGCGUGAAAAGGAUCAAGAAUGUUAAUCUAAUCGCUACUGCUCCAUCUAGAGAAGAGCAUAUGGCGGAAGCUGCAGCCAAUCCCCAGUCCUAUAGAGACAAACUGAUCUGCAAUGGCUCUUUCGAAACGCCCGACGAGGACCUUUCUUUUGAUGCCAUUCCCGAAUAUCUUGAUGAAGAAUCGGAUAUCGACGAUGAUCCAGAUGACCCGACGCCGAUAAUCCUUUUCUUCAAAGAGGAAAAAAGACGCAUGCGCGAACCAUGGAAAAAUGCUCUUAUUGUGAAAACCUUUGGCAAGUCAGUGGGUUAUAAUUUCCUUUAUGGGAGUCUCAAAGCCCAGUGGAAACCAGCAGGUAAAUGGGAUUGCAUUGACUUAGGAUAUGACUUUUUUCUUGUUCGUUUUCAGGUACAUGAAGAUCUCAGUAAGGUCAUCAAUGGUGGCCCUUGGUUCGUUGGUACAAACUACCUCACUAUCAGACCAUGGGAACCGAAUUUUAAGCCUGAAAAUGCCACUUUCUCGCACACUGUGGUCUGGGCACAGUUGCCGGGCCUUUCAGCAGAAUACUAUGACACAAUCUCCUUGCAACGUAUUGGCAACGAAAUCGGAACUCUUCUCCGUGUUGAUGCCCAUACAGCACACCAUACACGUGGACAAUAUGCUCGUGUGUGUGUUAGAAUAGAUUUGAAUAAACCCCUUGUAAAGCUUCUCAGAUUGGGUAAAAUUCGUCAGAAAGUUGUUUAUGAGGGGAUAAGGGGACUCUGCUUUGCGUGUGGUCGAAUUGGCCAUCGCAAAGAGGUCUGUACCUUUCAGUCUAGGCCACCUGCAACUGCCAAUGUCACCAAUUUGGAUCUCCAGAACCAGCCAAACAUUAAUGUAGAUGCUGAACCCAAUGUCACGGGUUGCCAUAAUCCGGAGGAUUCAACCUCCACAAAAGGGGCAGGAGGCUUCCAAGGUGUUAGCAACGAUCAUGUCCCUAACUACUCUGCGGAGCCUAAGAAUACUCGGGAAAAUCAAUUUGAUGAAUUUGGUCCUUGGCUCAUUGUGGAGCGGAAAAAAAAAGAAGAAAACCCAGAAAUAGGUGCCGGAAUCUUCAUCGGAAGGGAAAAGCAACGGACCCAAGGAGCAUUUAAUGUGAAAACUCAGUUCAAACCUGCUAAACAUUCGAUUCUAAAAUCAACCGUUACCAACUUUACGUCUAGCCAUAUGGAUAUAGGCCCAAAGAGAGAUCCUGUAUCCACAAGUUCUGCACCUAGUGGGAAGGAGAUAUGGGCCUCUCCCAAGACAACGAAUGAAGAUUUUGGCACAAACGGGAAUGUGGGCCAAAGCAACAACCCAACAAAGGCCUCUAUUCCAACAGAGACCAUCUCUAACCCAAUGACAGGGCCUUGUAAUCUUUUAUCCAAUGCUCCAGCCAGCCUUGAAGCUGCGUUGCUCACUGUCAAAGAAAGGAUCAAAAAUCUGGAAUCAAAUUCCAAUGUUACUUCUGCACCUUCAAAUUCCUCUGUUCUCCCAAAAUCCCCUUCAGAGACUAGAGAUGAGCGAUCCAGUAGCAGCUUCGCCAAUUCCCCAGCUCAGCCCCAAUUUGAAAGUCCUACUAGUCAACAACAACAAGGUGAUUUCAUUGGAGGAAGCCUUAGAGCUGUUAUUGUCAAGGGAGGAGAAAAUACACCCGUGCCAGCUUUGAAGGAAGAUUCGAUAGCUAUGGUAGAUCAAUGCAGUACUCAAAAGCUAGAGUUCACUACCGAAGGAGCAAGCAUAGAAGAGAUAAAGGGCCCUACCCAACCUCUGAAAUUUCUAGCCCAGGUAUGGCAGGAACAUCUCCAAAUCUCCGAUAUGAUGGGCAAAAUGGAGACGAUCCAUGCUAUCAUCAAGUCCUCAAUAUUGCUGGGGACGGAGGAGAUGGAUUACGAAUGCCUGAUGCUUUCGUGUCACUUUCCGGGGGCCCAAAUGAUGCUGUUGCACAGGGAAACUCAGGAACCGUUGUUCGACCAGGUUCUAGCUAAGUUAGCCUUGGGUCUCUCAAACUCCUUUUGCUGGUCAAUGAAGAUGCUCUCUUGGAAUUGUCGCGGUGCGGCUAAAAUGGAGUUCAAUAGGCGCAUGAGAGAUUUGAAGAAUCAACAUUCUCCCUCAAUUAUGCUGAUUCUUGAAACAAAGCUCUCUGGCCAGGAUGCUAGGAAAGCUGCGGCUGAAUGUGGAUAUCCUUGUAGCCAUGUAGUUGAUUUAGAUGGUAGGGCUGGUGGUCUCUGGCUAUUGUGGGAUGAUAAUGAAGUACCCCAAUUUGAGCUUAGAUCUCAAUUAUGGGAUGAACUGCGUGAGGUUGCAAAAUAUUUCAAUGGGCCUUGGCUAGUGAUUGGUGACUUUAAUGAUGUUGUGGAUCAGGCUGAAAAAUUUGGGGGUGCUCCUAUUAGUCAAUCUCGUGUUCGAGCUUAUAUUGACUGUAUGAGUGACUGUAACCUCAUGGAUGUUGGGUACACAGGUGGUAGGUUUACUUGGGUUAAUAUGAGGGAAAAUAAUCAUGUCAUUAGGGAACGUCUUGACAGGGCUUGGGCUAACCCUGAUUGGCGUCUUCAAUUUCCUGAUUCAAAGCUAUUUCAUCUCCCUCGUAUUAGCUCUGAUCAUAACCCACUUCUCCUCUAUCUUGAUACCCCAUUGAUUAGGAGUGGGAAUAGGCCCUUCAGAUUGGAGAAAUUUUGGUUAGAUCAUUUUGAGUUUCAUGAUCUAAUCUCUCCUAUCUGGUCUGCCCAAAACUUGGGCACGUCGCAAUGUAUUCAAAAAACCCAAACUUCAUGUAGAAUUUGGAGUAGAACCACUUUUGAUAAUAUUUUUGUUAAAAAGCGGAUUCUCAAUGCUAGGCUUGAAGGCAUUCAUCGUUCCCUCUCACGAAAUCCUUCCAGAUUUCUUACUUCUUUAGAGAAGGAGCUUACCCAUGAAUAUGUGAAGGUCUUGAAAUUGGAGGAAGAUUUAUGGUUUAUGAAAUCCAGGUCUAACUGGAUUGUUGAUGGGGACCGUAAUUCAAAAUUCUUCCAUUUAUCUACCAUUAAGCAUCGGAAUUAUAAUAGAAUCUUAUGCCUUCGUACCUCAGAUGAGAAUUGGAUUUAUGAUCAGCAGGCUAUUGUUGAUCUUAUCAGAAAUCAUUUUAUGCAUCUCUUUACAUCUUCUCUCGAUUUCUCUUAUCAUGAUUCCUUCUCUAAUUUGGGAGUUGGUAUCUUGGAAUCCCAUGAUUUAAGCUUUCUGGACAACCCUCCUUCUGAUGAAGAGAUUCAUAAUGCUCUUUUUGGUCUUAAGCCUUUCAAGGCUCCUGGACCCGAUGGUCUUCAUCCUGGUUUCUUCCAGAAAAUGUGGGAUUCAGUGAGGAGUAUUUUGUGUAGUGACAUUCGCAACAUUUUCUCCUCGGCUUCUCUCCCUGCUGAUUGGAAUGAGUGUUUAAUUACUCUUAUUCCCAAAACUAAAGCUCCUGAAACAGUUCAGCAGUAUCGUCCUAUUGGUUUAUGUAACACUACCUAUAAAAUUAUCUCCAAGAUUAUUGUGAAUAGGAUGAAACCUGCAUUAGAUGACUUGAUAUCUCCUUGCCAGGCUAGCUUUGUUCCUGGUAGAAAUGGUAUUGAUAAUGUGCUCAUCCUGCAGGAGCUUGUUCACUCCUUUUCUAAGAGGAGAGGUCGGGUGGGUGAUAUGGUGGUUAAACUUGACCUCGAAAAGGCCUAUGACAGGCUAGAAUGGAGCUUCAUUAGAGAAGCCUUAACUUUCUUCAAGUUCCCAUCAAAGUUCAUAUCUCUUGUUAUGAGUUGUGUUUCCUCUUCCUCUAUUUCAAUUUUGGUUAAUGGGAAUAAAACUGAUGCUUUUCUUCCUUCUAGAGGCAUCUGUCAGGGUGAUCCUAUUUCACCUUACUUGUUCAUCCUGUGCAUGGAAUACCUUUCUAUCAGACUCUCCAAUGAUAUGGCUGAAGGUAAAUGGAAGGGUUCUAAGGCGGGUAAGCGUGGUCCUACUUUAUCUCAUAUGUUUUUCGCUGAUGACUUAGUUUUUGUAGGAAAAGCUACUCUUACCAACGCUCAAUAUCUUAAGGAUACUCUAGAUUUCUUCUGCUCUCGGUCUGGGCAAAUGGUCAACAAUGCUAAAUCUAAGAUUUUAUUUUCAAAAAAUGUUGAUCAAAGCACUAGAGACAACAUUAGUCUAAGCUUGGGAUACCAGCAGACUAAUGAGCUUGGCAAGUACCUAGGCUUCCCUAUUGUGGCUAAGAGAUGCUCUAAGUUUAAUUGUGAUUUUAUCCUUGAGAAAAUCCGCUCGAAGCUUUCAGGAUGGAAAACAAAAUUUUUUUCCAUGGCUGGUAGAGCCACUCUUGUGUCAUCUGUUCUUGCCUCCAUUCCAAAUUACUUCAUGCAGGGGAUGUGGCUUCCCUCAUCUGUCCAUAAAGAAAUUGACAGAAUUUCUAGGAAUUUUUUAUGGGGUUUUGUUGUUGACCAACGCAAGAUUCAUCUUGUGGAUUGGGAUACUAUUUGCAAACCUAAAACUCAUGGCGGCCUUGGAUUUCGCUCUGCUCGUAAUGCUAACAUUGUUGCUAUGAGCAAACUCAACUGGAGAAUCCACACAGAAAAGGACAAAAUGUGGAGAGAGGUGUUGGUUAAGAAAUACAACAUCAAUGAUCUCCGUUUUGUUCCUUCCUCCUCUGCCUCUCCAGUUCUUAAAAAUUUAUCUAAAGGUACUCCACUUUUUACUUCUGGGAUUAAAUGGGUCCCUCGUAAUGGUCUCUUGAUUCACUUUUGGACCGAUCACUGGGUCGGGAAAGCAUCUCUUGCUUCUAUUUUAUUUGGUCCCUUGGAUAGAAACGCCUCUGAGAUCCUUCUUGCUGAUGUUUUCCAAGAGGGUAUUCUUGAUUUUAAUACCAUUGGGUAUCAUAUUCCCCAAGAAUUGAGUAUGCAAAUCCUUGCUGUUCCCAUGUUAAACUAUCAUUCUGAUUUUGAUACUUUUUCUUGGAAGGAAGAAUCCAAUGGUAUCUUCUCCUAUUCUUCGGCCCACAAAAUCCUUACUUCAAAGGAUUGCCAGGUGAAUGAUAAUUGGAAUUGGAAGUGGAUUUGGAAAACCCCAACCCUCCCAAAAAUCCAAAUGUUCUUGUGGUUGCUUGCUCAUGGUAAAAUCAAAACUCUGGAAUAUCUCCAUCAUCUUAACAUUGUUGAUAAUCCGACCUGCAUGAUAUGUAGGAGACAAACGGAGUCUAUUGAUCACGUUUUUAGAGAUUGCCCUCAUGCUGUUGCUGUUUUCAAUAAACUAUCUCAUACUUUUGCUAACAGCCAUAAUGUUAUGAACUUUAGGCAUUGGCUGUUUGAGCAUACUCACAACAGCUCUCUUAGCCCUUUUUUCAACAUUCCUUGGGCGGUUAUAUUUUGCUUUGCUAUUUGGGUUCUUUGGAAUCAAAGGAACCAUUUUUUGUACUGUCACCAAUCUGUGGACAUUCAAAGGACCCAUGACUUAAUUAUUGAAAGGGCCACUGAAUAUUGGGCAUCUGCUCCUAUUUCUAGUGCUGCUCAUAAACAAUACCUGAGGCUCAUCUCCUGGGAACCACCACCCUCCCUCUGGUUUAAAAUCAAUACUGACGGUUCUACAGUUGGAAAUCCAGGCUAUGCUGGCUGUGGGGGAAUUCUAAGAGAUUCUAGGGGUCUGUGGGUUGCUGGUUUUUUGAGAAAUAUUGGUUACACUACUGCCCUGGCUGCUGAACUUUGGGCUAUUAGGGAUGGUCUUUUUAUUGCUAAAAACCUUCAUCUGCAGAAUGUUAUCUUGGAGACUGAUUGUUAGGUUGCUUAUGCUCUUUUAUCUAAAGAUCAUAAUCCUUUCCAUCCUCACAGCACGCUGUUAAUGGAUUGCAGGGACCUUUUGCGCAGCAUCCCCCAAGUCCAACUCAAGCAUGUGAUGAGGGAAAGCAACAUGGCUGCUGACGCUGUUGCAAAAAAAGGAGCUAU